AUGGGGCCUACCCUGGCAGUUCCCACCCCAUACGGCUGUAUUGGCUGUAAACUGCCGCAGCCAGACUACCCGCCCGCUCUCAUCAUCUUUAUGUUCUGCGCAAUGGUCAUCACCAUCGUCGUCGACCUGAUAGGCAACUCCAUGGUCAUUUUGGCUGUGUCGAAGAACAAGAAGCUCCGAAAUUCUGGCAACAUCUUCGUGGUUAGCCUCUCUGUGGCUGAUAUGCUAGUGGCCAUCUACCCCUAUCCUCUGAUGCUGCAUGCCAUGGCCAUUGGCGGCUGGGAUCUGAGCCAGUUACAGUGCCAGAUGGUUGGAUUCAUCACAGGGCUGAGUGUGGUCGGUUCUAUCUUCAAUAUCAUGGCAAUUGCCAUCAACCGUUACUGCUACAUCUGUCACAGCCUCCAGUAUGAGCGGAUCUUCAGUGUGCGCAAUACCUGCAUUUACCUGGUCAUCACCUGGCUCAUGACCGUCCUGGCUGUCCUGCCCAACAUGUACAUUGGCACCAUCGAGUAUGAUCCUCGCACCUACACCUGCAUCUUCAACUAUCUGAACAACCCUGCCUUUGCUGUGACCAUCGUCUGCAUCCACUUUGUCCUCCCUCUGCUCAUAGUGGGUUUCUGCUACGUGAGGAUCUGGACCAAAGUGCUGGCAGCCCGUGACCCGGCCGGGCAGAAUCCUGACAACCAGCUUGCUGAGGUUCGCAAUUUUCUAACCAUGUUUGUGAUCUUCCUCCUCUUUGCAGUGUGCUGGUGCCCUAUCAACGUGCUCACUGUCUUGGUGGCUGUCAGUCCGAAGGAGAUGGCAGGCAAGAUCCCCAACUGGCUUUAUCUUGCAGCCUACUUCAUAGCCUACUUCAACAGCUGCCUCAACGCUGUGAUCUACGGGCUCCUCAAUGAGAAUUUCCGCAGAGAAUACUGGACCAUCUUCCAUGCUAUGCGGCACCCUAUCCUGUUCCUCUCUGGCCUCAUCACUGAUGUUCGUGAGAUGCGGGAGGCCCGAGCCCUCGUCCGUGCCCGCGCCCGUGCCCGUGACCAAGUCCGUGAACAGGCCCGUGAACAAGACAGUGGCAGUGCCAGUCCUGCGGUGGAGGAAAUGCCGAUGAGUGUCCGGAAUGUUCCACUACCUGGCGAUGCUGCAGCUGGCCUACCUGAGCGUGCUUCUGGCCACUCCAGGUCUGCCUCUGCACACCGCGUAUCUGCCUCUGGGCACCACAAGUCUGUCUUUAGCCACUCCAAGGCUGCCUCUGGUCAUCCUAAGUCUGUCUCUGGUCACCCCAAGUCUGCCACUGUCUACCCUAAACCUGCCUCUGUCCACUUCAAGGCUGACUCUGUCCAUUUCAAGCCUUCCUCCAGCCACCCCAAGCCUGUCACUGGCCACCACAUCCCUGCUGGCAGCCACUCCAAGGCUGCGUUCAGCCCUGCCACCAGCUGCCUUAAACCCACCACUGGCCAUACCAAGCCUGCUAGCACCCGCCCUGAGCCCACCACCGCCGAUUAUCCCGAGCCUGUUGCCACCAGCCACCCUGAGGACACUGCCACUGGCCACCUACAGGGUGACGUCACUGACCUCCCCGAGCCUGCUGCCGCCGCUGUCCCUGUUGACCCCACUGUGGUCACCACUGCCACCAGUGAUUAUCAUAAGGUCGUGGUUAUUGAUGUUGAAGCUGAUUCUGAUGAAAUGGCUGUGUGA